AUGGCUCGCGAAUUAAAGGCGCUGAGAUCUGGUAACAAGGAGGCCGCAUCCUGUCCGGCUGUCAUCUCCGUUGCGGGAGCUAACGUGGAGCUUGCCCCCGAACAGUGGAAACAGCUUGGCGAGGAGAAGCAGCCGUUAACGGCGCGAAUGUUCGACUUUGUCGUUGGGAACUUGGUGGACAAGAAGACCUCGAACGCGAGCAUGCUCCUUCUCCUUCGCCCGGACCACCUGUCGGUUGACGGUGACGAGACAUGGGACACGCGGUUCGUUCGCGUUGCUAUCCCCUCUGGUGGUGCGGAACACAUCACCGCGUCGGAGGCGCUUGUAGAGUGGUUUCAGGGUCGCGUUGACGAGAACUUCGCGCGCGGCUCCAUUCAUUGCACCCGGUCCCGCCAGCUUAAAGAUCCCACUCGGCUGUUCGAUCUGGACGCGGCGUCAUUGAAGGGCUCAUGCGGCAACCUCGCUUGUCUGUUCGCGUUCGACAAGAUCGUUACCCAACUGGACGCGGUGGCUGCCAGUGGAUCCGGACCGCAAUACCCGAGGCCCAACGCGAAGAUUCUGAAUGCACUGCGGCAUGAGGCGUACCGAACCGCCGAAGAGCUCGCGUUCAACUUGACCGUGGAUAUGCCGCGACCCAAGCACGGCGGUGAGGCUGACGGGGUUGAACCGGGGGAGGUGCAAAAGGUUGCAACGGGUGCGCAGGUUGCUGAUCCUGGUGUUCUCGCUCUCACAGGUGCCGCUGGUGUCUCGAACCGCGGAGGCACUCGUGGGGGGUCGGUGGUCCACGCUGAUGACGAAGGGGCAGAAGAUACCGUGGCUAAGGGUGCACCCAUCGAUGAUGCUGACCGCACUGCAGAGCGUGAGGGGGAGGAGUCGAGCGAGGAGGAGGCGGAGGCUCACGUGGUCGCGGCCGCGGCAGCAAGCAGGCCCACGACAUCCGGCAAGAGCAUCAGGCAACUCGCGCAGCACUUGGCCCCCGGUGCUGGAAGCGCGGGCCCGAGCGGUGAGGUCGGGGGCAAGAGUCCUGUGCGUGGGGCGCGUGAUUUCAAAUCCCUGUCCGCGCUGCCAUCGCAUAAGCUUGCAGCCGAGAUCAUGCAACUCGACUGCAAGCUUGCAGCGCAGGUGGCGGAAAUCGCAUGGCUAAAGAAACGCCCGGAGUCGGGGGUUAGUGGUGUCACGGUAGUGGGUAACGAGGAGCUCGCGUCCGCGCUUUCUAAUGCGAUUCGGGCCUUGGAGAAGGAGGCGAGGGCGAUCGCGCAGGAAAGGGCUGCUCUGAUAGACACGCGUAACCAGGAGGCGUUGGUGCUGGGGCGAGUGGACGCGAGGUUGGGACAGCUGCAGGGGGUGGUGGCAGACUCCAUGGAAUCCGCUCAGAAGAAGCUGACGGACGAGGUUGCGCGGAAGAUUGACAACAUGUCGACCGCGCUUUCCGCGACAGCAGAGCGGGCAAUCACAACCAGCGGGGUCACGAACGCGCUGCACACCCUCAUCGCGCUCGUUGGAGGAAGCCCGCCGCCGCGCACGGAUACUGAAGAACCAGCCGCGACGGAGUAUGCCGAGCCCGGGGAUGCUGAGCAUGGAAAGCGGGCGGCGGGUGCGAAGCCUGAGAGUCAGCGGGGGUCGAAGAGGCAGAGGGGUCCCCAGGCAGCGGCCGCGGUGCGCAGCCCGAGCGUGCAGGACAUGCUGAAGCAGAAGUGGGGCGCUGCAUCGCGGGGUGCAGCACAGCAUGCUCAACCGGGUUCGAGCUCGCGCCCCAUCCCACCUGGAGCAGCUGCACCCGUUCCUCCGGGCCCUGCCGUUGCAACCGCGACAAUGACGGUUGCAGUUGGUAAGGGCAAGGGUAAGGCAGAAGAUGGGGAGGGGUGCGCGACAGCAGCCUCGCAGGCUGCGAGGCGUGAGGUCCAGCCCGCGGCGGCUUCAGCGGCGGAAGGCAAACAAACCGCGCUCGUACCCGCUCUUGCUGCAACAACCGCAGGUCAUCACGGGCGCAGCGCGAGCGCAUCUUCAGGUCCUAUCGCGGCCUCGGUCGAGGUCAAGGCAGAGAAACGCGGCAGGGCUGGCAAGAAGUUGCCCCCUCCACCCGUGUACACGAUCGACGAGGACAAUGCGGACGAGGAGCUGGAGGGUCUCGUGAGCAGGUGGGUCGAGGAGGCGGGCGACGGAGGAGAGCAGGGUGGGGAGGCCGCGGUCGAUGUUUAUAGCGGCGAGGAGAGCGCGGACGAGCAAGACGGAGACCCCGUGGUCGUGGCAGGUGGCACAACGGGAGGACAUGGUGACACCGGCCCCAAGCGCAGGGGCUGCGGUAUCCGCGCUCCACCCAGGGGCGGGCCCGGAUUGGUUUCUGAACCCCAUCUGGGGGGGAAGAAACGUUGGCUCGGACACGGCGACCGCCAAGACCUGCAGUACAAGACCGCGAUCGCGAUGCUGCCGUACGACGGGAAGGUGGACCCCGGGCUGAACCUGAGCCAGAAGCAGAUCCGAGACUGGGCCGCGGACCUGUCCAUCGCCGAGGGCUUACAUACGGGCCUCUUAAUCACCAUGCACUACCGCAAUCUCGUGGCAAGCAAGGACAGGUGA